CUCACGCGCUCCAACCCGCAGCAUGACUCUUCCUCCUCGUUGAACCUGAACCUCACCUGUUGUCACUGUUGCACAAGUUUACUCUGAACUCCAGGAGUUUCUCGGAGGUCUUUUCUUUUCCACAUCGACAUGCACCAUCACGAGUUGUCGGUGAACGCGAACCCCGGGCUGGUUCAGGUUCCGGUGAUGCUGCAGACGGAGUCCCGGGACAGAUGGGGCAAAAAAAUGGACUUUCUUCUGUCGGUGAUCGGUUUUGCUGUGGACCUGGGGAACGUCUGGCGAUUUCCUUACAUCUGCUACCAAAACGGCGGAGGAGCCUUUCUCAUCCCCUACACCCUAAUGGCUAUAUUUGGAGGAGUCCCACUCUUCUACAUGGAGCUGGCUCUGGGUCAAUUCCACCGCACAGGUGCCAUCUCCAUCUGGAAACACAUUUGCCCAAUAUUCAAAGGCAUCGGUUUCUCCAUCUGCAUCAUCGCGUUGUAUGUCUCCUUCUACUACAACACCAUCAUCGCGUGGGCGUUGUUCUACUUCUACUCGUCGUUCAGCAGCACUCUGCCAUGGACAAACUGCGACAAUGCAUGGAACACGGAAAACUGCACCAACUACUUUGGCAAGGACAACGUGACGUGGACCAACUACUCCCGCUCACCGGCCGAGGAGUUUUACACGAGGAACGUGUUGGAGCUGCACGAGUCGGAGGGUUUGGAGAAAGUGGGUGUGAUCCGCUGGCAGCUGAUGCUCUGCCUCUUCCUCAUCUUCACUGUCGUCUACUUCAGCCUGUGGAAAGGAGUCAAAACAUCAGGCAAGGUGGUUUGGGUCACAGCCACUCUUCCCUACGCAGUCUUGUUGAUUUUGUUAAUUCGAGGAGCAACAUUACCUGGAGCCUGGAGGGGCGUCGUCUUCUACCUGCAGCCCAAAUGGGAGAAACUAAGGGACACGAGUGUCUGGGUGGAUGCAGCAGCUCAGAUCUUCUUCUCUCUCGGCCCAGGGUUUGGUGUUCUGCUCGCUCUAUCCAGCUACAACUCCUUCAACAACAACUGCUACAGAGAUGCCAUUGUGACGAGUUUGGUCAACUGCCUGACCAGCUUCAUGUCUGGUUUUGUGAUUUUUACUGUUCUGGGCUACAUGGCCGAGCAGAGACACGUUAACGUGGAAGAUGUAGCCAGAAACAAGGGCCCGAGUCUUCUGUUCAUCACUUACCCAGAAGCCAUUGCCAACAUGAUGGGCUCCACGUUUUUUGCCAUCAUCUUUUUUGCGAUGAUGAUCACACUAGGAUUGGACAGCACGUUUGGAGGUCUGGAAGCCAUCAUUACUGCGGUGAUGGAUGAGUACCCAGACUUUCUGUCCCACAGGAGGGAGGUGUUUGUUCUGGGUCUGGUGACCGUGUGCUUUUUGGGAUCUCUGAGCACUCUGACUAAAGGCGGUGCAUAUGUAGUAAAACUUCUUGAAGAGUUUGGAGUGGGAUUUUCUAUAAUAUCCAUUGUGUUUCUGGAAGCCACUGCUGUCUCCUGGUUUUAUGGCAUCAAUAGAUUCAGCAACGACGUCAAAGCCAUGCUGGGAUACACACCCGGAAUCUUCUGGAGGUUUUGUUGGGUGGCCAUCAGCCCGACUUUUCUAGCGUACAUCAUUAUCAGCUCUCUGCUGAAUCCGGCCCCUUUGGUCAUGUUCGAUUACAAGUUCCCCGACUGGAGCAUCACGGUGGGUUACAUCAUCGGAUUCUCCUCUUUCAUCUGGAUCCCCGUCUACAUGGUGUAUAAGCUGGUGUGGACGCCCGGCUCGCUCAAACAGCGUCUGGCUGUUUGCCUGCGGCCCGAACGAACGUUGCCUGACAUCCACACAGACACGCUGGGUUUGACUCCGGUACCUUAAAAACAGCCCCAAACACAAAUCCAAACACACAGUCAAAACACACACACUGAAAUAAACACACACACACUCACACACAGACACGAUUAAAGAAGCAAUAAGUAGCAUCUUUUGGUCCACUUUCCAGGUGCAAUACUCACCAUGCUGCUCAUAUUCACACACAACACUGACUCCAUUGCAGUAUUACUCCAAAGUCUUUUUUUCCCCUUUGAAUUCUAAUGAAUUAUAGCAGAUUUCUUGACUAUUACAGUUCGCUAUGUGAUGAUAUCAGCUACCUAACUUGUCAGGGUAUGUAGAUAUCACAAUAUUGUAUUUUUAUAAAUAUUAACUCCAUUUUCGGAUUGGCUUCUUUUAAAAUAGACAAAAAAAACAACAACAUAAGUCUUGAUUAUACUUUCAAAUCUCUCCAAACUGAAACAACUGUCUGUGAUGAAUACCGCAGGGAUUCUGGAUUCUGAUUGGUCAGAAGGAGGAGGACAUGGUGUUUCUGUAUGACAAACGCUUCAUAAAAUGGAAGACUGAUAAUAAACAUAUUUCUGAAAAACAGAACGAUAGUCAUUGUUGGGAUGGUGAAGUUUUCUGUAAGGAAGUGAUUAUUUAACAUUUAUGGAAGGAGUCUCCAGUGUCAGAGCUCAAACUUUACGUUUUCAGGACCGAGGAGUUUAUACUUUGUUGUAACAAGCUUUUUGCCUUAUUCCUCUUUCUCACUGCUGCCUGAAACAUACACUUUUUCAAAAGAAGGCUUAUCAGAGCAAAUUAUUUUAAUGUGAAAUGAAAAGAAAAAAAAAAUGCUACUUAUUGCUCCUUCAGCUUUAUCAUUUAAGAAGCCAAAUCAGAUCGCAAACAGAAAAUUGGUGCAAUAUUUUAAAAUACAGAAAGUGAACUGAUAAAAAAAAAAAAAAUACGAUCCAUGAGAAAAACUACGCUGGGGCACUGAUUACCAGUUCGACGUUUUCGUAUUCUUUGUUAAAUAUUUAGUCCUUUUUAGCCAUUAUCGAGGUAGGAAGUGACAUCGCGAAUGGGAAAAAAAAAAAAUACAUGCAAAUGCUACGAUGUUUACCUCACGGUGAGAAGAGAAACCACGGUCACUUUUCCAGAUGUGUGUUGUGAAGAGUUCCUGGUGUGUGCUGCCUUAACGCUGCCUGAACAUCUGUAUCGCUAUUCAACGUCAAAACUUCCUGUCAUAUCCUAUCGGUCGUGUGCCUCAAAAAAAAAAAAAGAAAGAAAGACUGUUGAUGAAGACUGUUUCAAAUGCUUUUGGUUUCUCUGCAUUACUGUAAUGAUUUUAAGACGAACUCCUCGACUUCACAUCAACACUCACUGUACACGAGCGUCACAUUCAUUCAUCUUCAUCCUAAAGCAGGGAAGCGAAGAAAAGUCGCACCACCAGGGCCACAGGAUCGGUCCGUAGAAUCGUUCCUCGUGUUGGAUCUAAUUUGGAGAAGGUUUAUUAGAAAACAAGCGGCUCCUUGAUGAAGUUACAUGAUGUGUAUUUGUUUCAUUACAGCUACAAUAUCAAGAACAAACUAUUAUGUUGUACGAUUUCAAACUUCAUGUUCUGGCAGAAAAGGGCCGGAAAAUUGAGAUGACAUUCAUUUGCUUUCGCUAACAAUACGAGAGAAAGAGAGAGAGAGAGAGAGAGAGAGAGAGAGCACACAAGUCUGAAAUCUCACAAAGGUGGUUUCAUCUUCUCUCGGUCCAUACAUUAAGUUCACUCAGCUCUUAAUGGCGUAUCUAUAUCACUAUGCCGGUGACUCUGGUGUGUCUUCAUGCAUCAUUCUGAUAUUAAAGUGUAAUAUUAUCAGUCAUCUCAGUACUUAAGUUCCUGUGGCCACAGCGCUUUAAUGGAAUCGACUUCAUCGUCUCCCGCUUUUUAAAAUAGAUGAGCUGCGAUGAUUUAAGCCACAAAAUAGAUCUCGAGAAGUUCGUAGCCACAACAUAUUAAUCAGAGGCAGUGUAAAUAUCCUCCAAGUCAUGAACACAGAAUAAACUACAGAUAACCCCGAAGCUGAACACUGCAAAUGGUUUACUGUUAAGAAUUAAUACCAUAGCUUCAUAUGAAGAUCAGGCACUUGUGAUCCUCAUCUAACUGGUGUCAGGAUUCACCCCAGGAAACGAAUGAGGAAGUUACUGUGAAGUCGACGAGGACGUGUUAAAAUUGGGAAUGCAGCGUUUAUCCUAUAGCCAAGUUUUACCUGUAAUUCUCUUUGUUUGUUUUUCCAGAAAAAAAAAAAAAAACGUACCAAAUUUGAUUUCCGAUUGCUGUGAGUGUUACGGUGGGGUGAGAAACGCGUUCUUCGUGUUGGUGUGUACGGUAUUGUAAAUUGUGACAGAGACUCUUGCUUGUGUAAAUGUCUGAAGUAACAAUAAAGGUCUACGAUGAAAAUCCUUCAGUCACAUGAUUGGGUUAUUGUGUUCUGUGAAGGUAGUAUUUUUGUUAUGUAACACCUUAUGUGAGGAACUAAGAGAGCAGCUCCUGCUUUCCUGUUUUCCAUAGAGACCUGCUCUGUUUAUGCUGGUUUUUAAUUACCACGUUGAUUUGCAAUACACGAUGAACACAUGCACGAU